UCACGAAUUGUUUAUCAAAAUUAUUAACCGUAUCGAACGUCGUUUAACUUAAUAUAUAUAGGCAUGUUUUAAAGUAAACAAGUUUAGGAUUUUAGUGGCUUAAAGCCUGACCAUCAGGCUUGUUGUUUUCGUUUCCUUCGCUUAACGAGAGACCCAUAUUCUAAGAUCAAAUGGGUGAGAUUUUUCUCUUGCUGUAAAAGUUGAAUGAACACCUAGGGGUUUUUUUUAUAUUUAAAUCCUGCCUUUAAUAUAGCUGCCAAUUAAGUAUACAUGCCAUAUCCUUGAUGGCUAAUCCGUGAAAGCUUAUUGCUGUUAGUAGUCAGGCUUCUGCAAAACUUUUUUGCUGCUAUAGACUCCAAUGGCUGGCCCUCUGGAAUUGAGGCGCAGUAGCGGCUGAAUGCCUCUGGCCCGCGGAGCACGACACUUCUCUCCCGCUCUCAUUUACGGCACAUCGGUGACCGUAGCUCCCGUUUACGACUCGCCCCGACGGUUGUUUUGUUGGUUGCCCCGCGACUGGUCGGUUCUUGCUCGUGUGGCUUCCGAACUGAGGCUCUUAGCGAAGCGGAGUUUAAUCAGCAAUCUUGUGUGUGUGUAUUUUUUACCUUGUCCACAAGACUUGAUAGCUUCUACACAUCAUGGACACAGAACAAAUUAUGGAGGGCCAGCCACAGGUUCCAGAAAAUCCUCAUACAGAAUAUGGUCUUACAGAAAACGUAGAGCGGAUAGUAGAAAAUGAGAAAGCAAAUGCAGAGAAAACAUCAAAGCAGAAGGUGGAUCUUCAGUCAUUACCUACGCGUGCCUAUUUGGAUCAGACAGUUGUGCCUAUUUUGCUACAAGGACUUGCAGUGCUUGCAAAGGAGAGACCACCAAAUCCUAUUGAAUUUCUAGCAGCGUAUCUGUUAAAAAAUAAGGCACAGUUUGAGGACCGAAAUUAAUUGCAUCUGAAGAGGACCAUUUGAUUGCUCAGUAUAUAUGCUAAAUAAACACAAAUCAUUGUCUGAUGUACAAAUCCUACAGAACCAAAAAUCUUGUUUAUGUACUAUUUCUUGAGUCUUUUAUUGAAUUAUUUAAUAAAAUACCUUACUUUUCA